AAUGGAAGCUCGGGAGGUGAGGACGAAUCAGCGAGCCAUGGCGGUUUCCCUCUGUUUCUGCACGCUUUUCCUGUUUCUGAUCCUAUCAGGUUUAGUUAUCCAGAUCUUCAGCGCUUCAGUUGGGAUCAACUAUGGCCAGAUUGCCAACAAUCUCCCAUCUCCUACGCGAGUUGCCGUCCUCCUUGAAUCUAUCAACGUUAACAGAGUAAAACUUUACGAUGCAGAUCCAAAUGUCCUACAGGCCUUCUCCAAUUCUAAUGUCGAGUUCAUCGUAACAGUAGGAAAUGAGUAUCUUCAAACCAUGAAUGACCCCAACCAAGCUAAGGCCUGGUUGCAACAACAUGUCCAGCCCUAUGUUCCGCAGACCAAGAUCACCUCCAUCACCGUUGGAAAUGAAGUUUUUGCUGGUAACGACACCCAAUUAAUGUCUUAUCUCCUCCCGGCUAUGCAGAACAUCUACAAUGGUCUUGUUUCCCUUGGAAUAAGUGAUCAAGUGAAUGUCUCCUCUGCACACUCACUCGCUAUUCUAGCAAGCUCUUUUCCCCCUUCUGCCGGGAGAUUCCGGCAAGAUCUUGCACAAUACUUCCAACCCAUUCUCAAUUUUCAUUCUCAGAUUAAUUCUCCUUUCCUUAUAAAUGCUUAUCCUUAUUUUGCCUAUAAAGCUGACCCAAGUGGGAUUUCAUUAGAUUAUGUUCUUUUUGAGGCAAACUCAGGGACUAUUGAUCCAAAUACGAAUCUGAACUACGAUAACAUGUUGUAUGCUCAAAUUGAUGCUGUUUAUUCGGCAAUGAAAGCGAUGGGUCAUACUGAUAUUGAAGUUAAAAUUUCUGAGACAGGUUGGCCAUCUCAAGGGGACUCUAAUGAACCUGGAGCAACCCCAGAGAAUGCAGGGCUUUAUAAUGGGAAUUUGUUGCAGAGGAUAGAAGAGAAGCAAGGAACUCCAAUGAGACCUUCAACUCCGAUCGAUGUCUAUGUUUUUGCACUCUUUAAUGAGAAUCUUAAACCUGGGCCGACCUCGGAGAGAAACUAUGGGUUGUACUAUCCGAAUGGUACUGCAGUUUAUAAUAUCGGUUUACAGGCAGGGGCAGGGGCAGGGGCUUAUGGUCCUACUAUGAUUUUUGCUUCAGCUUCUUGUCUUACGGCGAUAUCUUUGUCAGCUCUCCUUAUCUUCUUCACAACAUUUUUAAUCUGGGCUUGAAGAAGCCCCUAUAACUUCUGGAAUAGCCAAGCCAGGAGCGGGACAGAUCCAGAGAGGGAACUGAAGUGUUAGUGGCGAUCAUCUCAUGUUUCCUAAUCUUAAGAGGGAGGAACUCUCAAGGUG